AUGUCUUCUUCGUCAGACUACCCACAACCGCCGCCGCCGCCGCCGCCCACAAACAACACUUUCCCAGCAAGACCUCUACAAACGACUUACCCGCCUACAACAACACCUCAACAAAGAACAAUACCAUCUACAUACACCCCACCAGGAACACUCCAAUCCCCCAUAUCCCCCCUCACUGAAGACCAACAGCCAUGGCCCUCUACACCUCACACCGCAGUCACAUCACCAAUUACACCAACACCAGCAGCCAGAUACUCACCUUCUUCCUACGGCAACGGCGAUGAAGACGAUGAAAAACCAUCCCAACACCACCAGUUUUACGAUGCAAAAGUUCCGCUGGGCAAUGAGAUGCCGACGCAGGCUAAUGUUUGGGAGAUUGGAGGGAGGGAGAUACCGAGGCCGAGUGAGUUGGAGGCGGGGGAGAGGGAUGGGUUGGAUUUGGGGGAUGUGGGUGGGGGGCAGGGAGUGAUGAGUUCGGAAGGUGGGGAUGGAAUUGGAAGUGACGAAGAGAAGAACACCACUUAA